GCUAGUUGAUAUAUAUAUAAAAAAAAGUUUUUGCCUGGAAUACCCCUUUAAAUAAGCCUCUCUACCUAAAGCUGCCACUAGGGGAGAUAGUACAGAGGAGAACAUGGCUUCUUUUGAACUCAGUAAUAAAUCUUUAUGUAAUAAGCUCCCAUUACUGGCCACAGGAAAAAUUUGUUAUUUCUUCUUCCCUAAACCACCUAUAGGGGUUCUGUGUUAUAGGAAAUGUUAACGUUUAUCAUGUUUUUAAUUCUUUGACAUCUGUGACAUUUAGGAAUCUUAUUCUUCAACAAGUUUAUCAACUUUUUUUUUUUUUACUAUCUACAACAUCCUCAGAAAAAGAAUAACUCCACCUCCAAACAAAUAGAAGUAUUAUCACUUACAGUAGAAUGUGCAUUUCCUCUUGUCUCUCAAUGUCUCCACACACCAUGACUCUCCUGCUUACAUGCACCUUGUUCGGUGUAGGUUACGGCCAACUCAACUGUAGUUUUGAUAUUCUGAUCAACAAUUUGUCCUUCCCAAGCUUAAGUAUUCGACCAGUAAAAAACUGGAGAACUGCAACCGAAAUACAAAUUGAAAUGGCUCUGUACAACAUCAUUGAUCUGGAUACAAGCUUGCAAUCUUUUACUACAUUAGUUUGGUUCACCAUGAUAUGGAAUAAUGAAUUCAUACAAUGGGAGCCACAACAAUAUUGUUCCAUCGAGAAAAUCUUUUUGUCUAACGUUUCAUAUUGGCAGCCAGAUCUGUAUAUUUAUGAGAGGAUACAAAGUGAAGACAAAUCUCCCUCAGUGCCAUUCUAUUCUAUUCAGUACAAUGGAUUAACUACAAGAGCAAUGCCACUUCGGAUUGUUAGUUCCUGUACAGUAGACGUCUUCAAGUUUCCCUUUGACAUCCAAAAGUGUAACAUUACAUUUGGUUCAUAUAUCCACCCAGUUCAACAGAUUUUCAUGUAUACAUCACUUAACUCCGCUGAGGUUCUCAGUUCUACAAAAAGUGUAAUAGUUACCAAUGACAACUGGGACCUAUUAAGUAUCACAGUGACAAACAAUACUUUGGAUAUUAAAGGAGAAAUCUACAGUACAGUAAGCUAUGAGAUAACAAUAAAGCGAGAACCUGCAAUUUACAUUAUCACACUUAUAGCCCCAGCUUGCUUCAUGGUUAUUUUGGAUCUAGCAAGCAUGUUCAUACAAAUGGAUUCUGGGCAAGGACUUGGUUUCAAAAUAACCAUUGUGUUGGGCUUCUCUGUGCUCCUUUCAAUUUUGAACACCAUGCUCCCAACUUCUGACAUGGUUCCAGUUUUAGGUAUAUUUUGUUGUGUGGUUAUGGCUGUCAUGGUGUUCAGUAUAAUGGAAUCCAUUGCUAUCUCCUACAUGUUAAUCCUAUCUAAAUCUCAAUCUACUGUCCCAUCCUGGAUAAAAACCUGGAUCUUGAGGUACUUGGCACGUGCUCUCUUCUUUAAAGAAAAAUUCUUCAUGGAAUAUGGGAUCAAGAUUUCACAAACAGAAACAAAUGUUAAUCCAAGGGUUCUAGAAGAGCAAAGCAUGGAAACUAAAAGAAAGCCUCAAAAUGACAAGGAAGACAAGAUGGUGAAAAAACUGUUAAAGAUGCUCCUGCAAGAGGUCAAGAAGAUCCAUGAUAAAAUUGUUGAUUCUAAUGAUAUGGAUGACCUCAAGACAGAAUGGCAUGCUGUAGCCCUUGUAUUGGAGCGACUUGUCCUCUUAAUAUACCUCCUUACUGUAGCCAUUUUGUUUGCUGUUGUGCUCAUUAUCUGGUUGACAUAAAGCACCUAGGUAAACUAUGGUACUACAAAUAGGUUCUGGCACCAACUGUUAUCAACUAAGGAUAUUAAGCAAUAAACUGUACAACUUUUCUGUAAAAUAUGAUACCUUAAAGGGAUCUUGUCAACCCGUAUGCAUGCUAAGAUCUGCAGACUUAGUUUUUAAAAUAAAAAUCAUACAUUUUUUGAGGGGAUAGCCUUUUUACACACACAUCCUCAUAUCCUCUCACAAGCCACGCCCCUUCUUUUUUCAGGCUUAUUUUGGUUCCCACUCAAGGCCAAAAACCCCAUUAUCACCUUAUACACCCAUAUCACAGGUCGUUCAACAAGAAUCUCUUCAUCACAGCUCUGCCCCACCUUACACCAUAAGCUUCACAUAUUCAGGUGAAUGUGUCUAUUGGGCUUGCAAUCCACACCCCCUCCUACAAGCCACAUUGCCUUCUAUUUUUGACCCCUUUUGUGCCUUGGUAUAACUUGCAAGUCAAACUCACUGACCAAAAUCCACACCCCCUUCUGUUUCCAACCAACAAUCUCUUUAUCACAACAUCUGAGGACAGGAUAUGAGGAAGGGCUAUCAGGACAGGAUGUGAGGUCUGAAUAUGAGGUUGGGAUAUGAGAACAGGAUACAGUGGUCCCUCAACAUAUGAUAUUAAUUGGUUCCAGGAGAACCAUCAUAUGUUGAAACCAUCAUAUGUCGAGUACAUAUGUCAAUGUAAAAAUGGUAAUUGGUUCUGGGGCCUCGGAAUCAUUGUAUGUUGAAUACAUAUCUCUAUGGGAAACUGCUAAUUGGUUAUGGGAUGACCAUUGUAUGGGGAAUGUUUAACAAACCAGGGUGCCUCCAGCUGUUGCACAACUACAACUCCCAGCAUGCAUGUACAGCCAUUGACUGUCUGGGCAUGCUGGGAGUUAUAGUUUUGCAACAGCUGGAGGCACACUGAUAGGGAAACAUUGAUGUAUGGGGUGUGUUGUGUGUAUAUGUAUUGUAUGUGAUGUGUGACAUUGCAUACAGUACUGUACAGUUCUUUAAAUACCUUCAGGGGGGACAGAAUGUCCUCCAUUAAGAUCCUGCCGACUACAGCUCUAUAGGAAAGGAAGGGGAGGGCAGCCAGCAGCUCAUUGGAUGCCUGCAGCAAGAGGCUGCAUGUUAUUGGCUAUGGCUGCACUGGGGGGGCUGGGCUUACACGGAGCUCACAGUGGAAGCCUGCGUGAGUUAGCAGGACAGCAUGUGAGUAACAGGAGGCAGAAUGGGGCACAUGGGGCACAUUAUACAACUAUCUGUCAGUUGCUGAAGUUGUCAGCGCUGUCAGAUAGCUGUUUGUACGAUGGCCCCAACACCCAGCAGCAUCAUAUGUCGAGGCUGCCUUCAACAUACGAUGGUCUCUGAGAGGCCAUCAUAUGUUGAAAUUAUCAUAUGUCGGGGCCAUCAUAAGUCGAGGGGUCACUGUAUGUGGACGGGAGGAAAGAAUGGUAUAUGAAGACCUGAUAUAAGGUUGGUAUAUGAGAACGGGAUCUGAGGACGGAAUUUGAGGACAAGGUAUGAGGUUGGGAUAUGAAGACUGAUAUGAGGUCGGGAUAUGAGGAAUGAGAUAUGAGGACAAGAGCAUCCUUUUCCUCUGGGUUCUCUGGUAGUACGUAUAUAAAACUAAGUAUGUGUCUGUAUGUGUUUAAGUAUCAUACACAUGUACAUAAAAUCUAACCUAAUAAAAGUA